AUGUAUGAUUAAUAAUUACUAUUACAUUAAGAGAAAAAAAAUCAGCGUGUGGGUUAUUUUUGUUACAGUAGUUUGUGUUCAGCCAGUUCAUUGCAAAAUCCGAAACUUUGCAUCAAAUUGACGAUGUUCUCUCAAACGCAUUUACUCUGUUUGCGUCCUUUCAGCUUGAACGGGGUUUCAAUGGCCGCCACUUUACGUACCCCGUUUUCCGUUCGUGUCAGUAGCUCAGCUGCAUCGACGUGGGUCGCCGGCGAUGCGAUCCCAGAGCCGGUAAUCUCAGAACAGCAUAAACCCGAUUUUACGCUACCCUCGCAGACGUUGGUCGAGGCAGCUCCGGUCAUUGAAGUGGCAAAAAAUCUAGGGUUCCGACCCAACCCUGAAUUGGGGUUUCUAUCAUACUUGUUCGUCCUCUCCAUGGCUUUUGGUGCGUUUUUCUCAGUAGCUGUGGUUUCCAUUCCUACCUUAAUUGCUUUUGGAAGAUUAGGAGCUUCAGUAAAUAAAUUGGCAAAGGUUGUUUCGGAAGAGGUGCCUGGGACUUUAUCUUCUCUCAAACUUUCUAGUCUGGAGCUGAAUGAAUUAACCCAACAACUUAGUCUUCUCAGACAGUUAAGGCAUAAAACUGCUGGUGUUCCUAUGGGAACAAAGGACAUGAACACUGUCAGAUCAAAAUCCUCUAGCAAGAAGCACCCAACAUCUUAACAUUUCCAACGUAUGUUUCUAGAAUUGACCUUGCUUGGUUUGGUUGAAUAGGAAUCACAGGAUAGAUGUACAGCAUUUUCAGCCACAUGGUUUCCGUUGAAAAUUGAAAUUACAAGUUUAUACUGAUAUAUGAUUCUAGGACAUGUUGGGCUUUUAACUUUGAAGCUGAUGUUGCAAAUAAUGUGAAAGAAGCUCUCUGCUGGUUUCUCUGUUAUCCUGAGGAUUAGUAAUUUACGGGUAUUGACUAAAAAAGUUGGCGUAUUUGAGACUGGGAUGUUAUGUGAACCGUUUUUCAGGUAUAUGAUAUAGUUUCUUACAUGAAGUACUAUGUCUAUCAAAAUGUGCAUAUCGAAGCAUUAGAUACGUAAACAUUUAGACCUUUGGUAUUCAAGCAGAUUUUGAAUUUCACUAAUAAACAAUGUCAUGGAUAUGUUUACAGUUUUGCAAACUUCUUUAAUGGAUCGGCAGCAUCUUUUGCAUUAACUGGGACAGGCAUAUUGGUUACUAGAGUUACUCUAGAAGAUGAGACCAAGGAUCUUCUUUGUGAGUCUGAAGGAUCAAUCUUCCAUAGUAGCACCUCCCAUACCUGUUACAGAUAAAACUGCUAUGACAUACAUUUCUCAUUUCUCAUAUUUGUAAGCCUUAGCAACGACAAAGUAAAUGAAGAGUCUUUAAUUUAUUUCAUGAUAAUACCUAGCCAACAAAUAUUCACUCAUCACUGAGAUAGCAGAUUAGACCACCAUGGAAAAACUUGUACAAAAACAUUAUUCUGAUUUCAUCCCAAUCCAGUCAACUGGGAUCAUUGCGAUGAGGUUUGCCAUAUAGAUUCAACAAUUCAAAAUUUGUAACUGUUGUGGGAAGUGUGUUGGUGAUUU